UUUUUAUUAUCACUAUUAAUAGUCUGUCUUUUUUUUCUCGGCGCUAUUCGGAAUGUGGUUUAAAAAUACCACCUAAAAUCGCAGUUUGGGGAAAAGGUUGCUGGACGAGGAGAAUAGUUCGCAAGCACGGAAUGGGCUAGCAUUAGAAACCUGUCCCUGCAGCAGGCCAGAAUCAGAUAUCAGCUAUGGCAACUCGUGCAUGAAGUGGACUUCUCUGAACCAUUUCCAGUAGAAAAGAUAUAGCACACGCUGUGGUAUUUAUGAGCCGCCAUUUCUUAUAUUAUUGUGGUGAACCUACUCUGGAUGUGAAAAUUGCCUUUUGUCAGGGAUUUGGGAAACAAGUGGAUGUGUCAUACGUUGCCAAACAUUACAACAUGAGCAAAAGCAAAGUUGACAACCAGUUCUACAGUGUGGAAGUAGGUGACUCGACCUUCACAGUUCUCAAACGCUACCAAAACUUGAAACCUAUUGGCUCCGGGGCUCAGGGAAUAGUUUGUGCUGCCUAUGAUGCCAUCCUCGACAGAAAUGUGGCCAUUAAGAAGCUCAGCAGACCGUUCCAGAACCAAACUCACGCCAAGCGAGCUUACAGGGAGCUGGUCCUCAUGAAGUGUGUGAAUCAUAAAAAUAUUAUCAGUUUAUUAAAUGUCUUCACACCACAGAAAUCUCUGGAGGAGUUCCAGGAUGUUUACCUGGUUAUGGAGCUAAUGGAUGCCAAUCUGUGCCAAGUCAUUCAGAUGGAGCUGGACCAUGAACGAAUGUCUUAUCUACUGUACCAAAUGCUGUGUGGCAUCAAGCAUCUUCACUCUGCAGGAAUUAUUCAUAGGGAUUUAAAACCAAGUAAUAUUGUGGUCAAGUCUGACUGCACAUUGAAGAUUUUGGAUUUUGGGCUGGCUAGGACGGCAGGCACGAGCUUCAUGAUGACUCCGUACGUAGUGACACGUUACUACAGAGCACCAGAGGUCAUCUUGGGAAUGGGCUACAAGGAGAACGUGGAUAUAUGGUCUGUGGGAUGCAUUAUGGGAGAAAUGGUUCGCCACAAAAUCCUCUUUCCAGGAAGGGACUAUAUUGAUCAGUGGAAUAAGGUUAUUGAGCAGCUGGGAACACCCUGUCCAGAAUUUAUGAAGAAACUACAGCCAACAGUACGGAACUACGUUGAGAACCGACCCAAGUAUGCUGGCCUCACCUUCCCCAAACUCUUCCCAGACUCGCUCUUCCCAGCGGACUCAGAGCACAACAAACUCAAAGCCAGCCAAGCCAGGGACCUUCUAUCGAAGAUGCUAGUCAUUGAUCCGGCCAAGCGGAUAUCGGUAGAUGAAGCCUUACAGCAUCCAUACAUUAAUGUCUGGUACGACCCAGCAGAAGUGGAGGCGCCUCCUCCUCAGAUAUAUGAUAAACAGCUGGAUGAAAGGGAACAUACAAUCGAAGAAUGGAAAGAACUCAUCUACAAAGAAGUUAUGAAUUCUGAAGAAAAGACUAAAAAUGGCGUAGUAAAAGGACAGCCUUCUCCUUCAGGUGCAGCAGUGAACAGCAGUGAAAGCCUCCCUCCAUCCUCAUCUGUCAACGACAUCUCCUCCAUGUCCACGGAUCAAACCCUGGCGUCUGACACGGACAGCAGCCUGGAAGCUUCUGCGGGACCCCUCGGUUGUUGCAGGUGACUAGCCGCCUGCCUGCGAAACCCAGCGUUCUUCAGAGGAUGAUGUAAUGUAGGGGGAAAAAAAGAACAGGAGUUAAAAGCGAGAGAAAUAAAACACACCAAGAUCUAAAGGCAACAAACAAAAUCUUUUCAGCCUGCUUCUCCUACAGAGUUAUGUAAUGCAGCUAAGCUCAAGUGUAUAUUUAACGUGUAGAUGCUCUGCUUUGGUCUUCUUCCAAUGACGCUUAAGGGAUGGGGGGGGAAAAAGGAGUUCAGAAUCCUUUUUUCCCCCCGUCACCCUACGAUGUAAAAUUUAUGGCUGCAAAACCAGCAACCUGCAACUGUCCUUUUCACACUGGCAUGACAAGGUGUGCAGUAGCCCCUCAGAAACGUGUGUGUCUGCCUUCACGCUCCGCUUGGGCGCCGCCUGCCUCGGCGGGCUGAGCUGUGUCCUUGCUCAGCGCACAAGCAGCACGUGCGUGCCCGUGCCCGGAGCACGUGCGGCGCCACGGGGACGCACGGCUACACGUGUGCAUGGUGUGUGUGCUCCCCAUAACUCAGUGGCCCGUUUCAGGUGAACUGCAUCAGUGCAUAAGUGAUACGUUAGCAGUAUAUAUUCUAUUCGUUUGUUCCACAUUAGGUUGCAUAUCUUAAGUGAGGAUUUUGGGGAAGUGAAAAUAACCAUGGGCAACUGCAGCUCCCUCAGACACUUGAAGAUGUAGCAACAAAAUUUCUGCUGAGAGAUGUGUAUAUAUAUUUUGAAAUAAUACUUGUUUGUACUGAAAGAAGAUGCCAUAGAGCUUCACAUAAAAAUGUUUUUUUUUUCUUUGUGAAUGUUAACACUUGUUAUUCUGAUUUUGAGAGCAGAUAUGCCAAGCUAAGACCUGGUUAGAAGGAAGCACAUGUAUCUUUGCAAGCUACGGGAAACAAGACUGAAGGUCUCUCACGUAUGUCUAAGCCCAGAAAGAUUUAUCUCAGUGAGCAACCUUUCCUGAUACUACUAAGCAAGUUAAUUCUUGAUUUGUAGAUAGACUUGCUCUUAUUCAUUGGAUUGUGUCUUUGUGCGUUAAGGGAGUGUGACAGGGCUGGGGAAACAGACUGCAGUCAAAAGGACGGGCACAGUUCUGUUUUCUUCAUGUCUAGAUCCUUAGCAAGUCAGUCGAGUAGAGAAAGGCUAUUUGCAACCCAGUCCCCCUCUCAGUGCUCGCCGCCAAGAGGCUCUUUUCCCAAAUGAUCGUUCCCUGGCAGGAAUCUCCCUGCCUACGAGAGCAGGCCUUCUGUAGGUGCUUCUGGCUCUUCACUUGCCUGUGGCAGAACCUCCCACUCCCCAGAAAGUUUUAUGGGCCGGCAUACGUGGGAAGGAGCGGCCGCGUGAGCAGGUCUAGUGGUCACGUAUUGGAAGAAACAGCAAUAUUGGAAGUAACAGCAAACGCUGCCAGCUGGUGCACUGGGCUCAAAGGGUCUCUUCGGGUGGCUUAGACGGUUUGUUAAGGCCCAAAGAACCCAACAAUGCCUGAGAAGCAAAUGGGAUGUUGCCAGAUAAUAACAAGUAGGAUUUCCAGUGGUAAAUGACAACAAGGUAUUUGGUUUGUGGGUUUUUGGUUUGGUUUGGUUUUUUAAAUCGGUGAUCGGCAAGACUAGACACAGCAGGGCAACUGAUCUUUUUCCUAGCCAGAGCACCCGUUUACAUUUCCCAUUGCAAGAGCACAAUUGUCUGAACUGGAAAUCAAGACCUGUGGCUCUUAGCUCUCCUCUUACCAAAGUGUGCCCUUUUAACAUGAAAUGAUUAAACUUCAGGUACAGUGAAAUGAUGAAAAAGUAAAUCUGACUUUUUCCACAUGUUGGAAAGAUAAAUUGUUUAGAAUAAGUUUAUGGAUAUUUUAAAUCCAGUGCUGUUAGCUGUUGAAACAUCUACUAAAAUAUAACUGUUUUGUUGGGUAACUCCCAAAUCUGCCAUCCUGUGGUUAGGGGGAAAGUCUGAGUAUUGAGUGACAUUCUGUUCAAAGGAAAGAAAGCUCAUUCUCCUGAAAUUCAAGUCAAAUGGAUAUAAAGUAAUUUCAGAGUAAUUUUUCAGAGCUCAGAGCAGUCUCAGAAUUGCUAAAGGAAAUGCUUUUUCCCCCAGGUAUAUGGUGAACUUUUUUUAAAAAAAAAAAAUUGACAAUAAAAUUAGGUUGAUGAUUUUGUAAAAACUAAAAAGCAGUAAAGCGGUAAUUGUGAAAGCAAUAAUUUACUACUGCUAAAAAUGUUGAGCAAUAUUUUCUCUUAAGCCAUGAAACGUUAAGUCGUUGUUUAAUGAUGUAACUCACAGGUCAGAGCCAAUGAUCUUAAAAGUAUUCCAAGGUAAACAGCAAUGCUUUGUGAGUAUGAAGGCAAUAACCCCCAGGGUGACUUCUUAGCAAUAAUAAAAGGUCUUAUUUCCAGAUGAAAAUCGUGACAGAUUUUAAUCAAAAAAUCAAUUAAUUAUACCAUUACUUAAUCUCCCCUUUUAAUUCAAUUAUCUCCAUUUAAUUUUAUUUUUAAAAAUUGCCCCUUUAAAGGCCACUUUACAUGUCCUAGUGACCAAUGGUGUGUCUUAUUUACAGCACCACAUCCCCUGCACACACAGGCAAAAACAGGCAAGUUUCUCAGAGAGGUCAAGUGUGCAAGAACUGCAAAAAUACCACGGAAUUAGAACCUAGGAGUAGUGACAGUGUGUUGGCAAUGAUAUUAGGAUGAUGUGGCAUAGGCAAAUGGUAUUUUUCAGUCUUGUUUUGGGUUCAUGAGGGGAAGAACCAGUCACUGCAGAAGAUGCCCUAGUGGUAAGUGCUAAAAUAACUCUCAACCCUGGAAGGUAUCUAGCUCUAUUCUCAAAAGCCCCGAUUCUGCAAAGCCCCAAUGCAUCCAUAAACCUUUCAGUGAGAUACAGGGAUGCACACAGAAUUUCAGCUAGCACGGGCUGUAGUCCUUUGCUUAGUAGUGAUCCAUCUAAGCACGUGCUGGAUUGCCUUGAUGAAAUGGGGCCUAUGACAAUUACUGCACCUCUUUUCAUCCUUAAUUGGUCUCAUUUUUGAGAAGCAGAUGUGAGGGAGACUUGGGGCUGCCCACAUUGGAGGCUAGGAGAGAAAAACAUCAGUGACAAACAGCAGUAGUUCUUGACAGGUCUGUUCUUGCCUUUUUCUGGUCCUCUCCAGCCUGAAAUAGUGGCCAUCAAAUAGGAAUUGGAUCCUGGGCUCUUCUCCGGCUCUGGAGGUUGGUGCUGCAGGAAUGCAGGCUCCCUGAAAUGGGGGAGCUCCCAGCCUUUUUCUCUUGAUUCCUGUAUCCUGUGCAGCAUGAUGAAAUAGAUGUUCUUCUUCUCUUUCUUGCCAGCGAUUUUCCAAACCUGCCUCUUGGAUAAAAUCACAGUCAAUAGUACUUGAAGAGCAGUUUGCUCAUACUCCAAGGUUUGCAGUUGUAGCUACAGCUGCCCCCAUUACAGAUAGGUAGAGAACUGGGAACGCCCCGAGUGAUGAGAGAUCUGCCAAGGCUGCUAUGGGGCAGUCUGCAAGCCUGGGGCUCCCAGUGCACAGGUGCAAGUCUUCCUUCAGCAGCAGCUUUGGAAAAUUAGCCCUCAGAAGUGCCUGAGGACCCUAAGAAUUCCUGUCCCAUGUGCCUGGCUGAAGUCAUGUGGAGAGCCAUGAGCAGAGCAAGGAAAAUGACAGAAGCCUCUUGAUUGUCAGUGCACCAACUGCAGGGAACAGCUUUGAGAAGAUGCAGAGGAAAAUGACAGAACAUUCCCACUUUAUUUUCAGGUGAAAUAUUUCUGCAUAAUAUUGCAAGUGUAGAAGAAGGACAGAAUCACUCCCAGAAAGCUUCCCCCCCUUUUUCUUCUGAUAGUUCUAAAGCAGCAUGAACUAUGAUUUGUUUCAAGUGGAUGAAAGGUUAUACAUGUUUUGAAUCCAAAUAUUCUAUAGUUUUGGAAAUUGCCCUGGCUUGAGUUGAGAGCUGCAAUGCUACCUUCUAAGUUUGGACCACAUUCUGUUAGAAUGCAAUAUAUUUUGAGAGAGAAAAAAUAUUUCUUUGACUUGGUUGCACAGUGUUGUCUGAGAGUUGUGCUCCUGUUAGGAAUCCCCUCAUACUGUCUAGAAUUUCCUGGCACAGAUACGUAAAGAAAUCUUAGCAAGUUUUUGUUACAUGAACCAAAGCUGGGUGCAAGUACAGUAGCUUGGCCAAGAAGGCACCAGAAAGCCUUACUGGGUGCUUCCCUAAGGCACUCAGGUGUCUCUAGUUCCUGUGUGAUACAAGUCUCAAGAAAUUACACAAACCAGAGGGUGAUAUGUAUCACUCUACUAAAUUGACAACCAAGAAUAAAGAAUAUAUAUAUAUAUAUAUGAUUUUACCUUCAUGUAUAUUUCUUGACUUUCAAGUUUGGGGCUAAAGAAAUUAGACAGGUACAAUGCCUUUGGGGAGACUUCAAAAAUACUGCUACUUACCCAUUCGGAUUGUAUUUUCAUAUUUUUGAUUCUUUUUUCUUAACAGCAGAUUUUUCUCAUGGAAUUAGGCUGACAGACUGUUUGUCUGAGAAAGUCAGCUUCGACAAACCUGCCAGUACCUGCAGAGAGAAAUGCUUGGUUUUAGGAUUCUGAAAUGAUUGUUAAAUGUAGUAUUUUAAUUGAAAAUGUCUUUUAAUGACAAUUUUUAGUUUAUAUAGCAUCAUUGCAAUAUUACAAAGGAUCAAAAGUGUUUUUACUGCCUACUUCAGUACACCUUUCUUUAUGCUUGCGGAGAUUUUAACAUUGCAUUGGAAUUCAAGCGUGAAAAAAAAAUGAAAUCUCAACCAAGGUAGAAACCAAAAUAACACGUUAGUCACAUAAUUCUACUGUGUGUGCUUCUUAGAAAAGCAAUAUGAAAGAGAACCUGCAGAGGAGAAUUAGACUUUUAAUAGUCUCUCACAAAAGAAAAAGCAAGUGUGAGUUAGUGGUUCACCUGAAGUAUAGGAUUUUAUUGUUUUUGUUUUGUUUUCUUGCUUCUCUAUGUGUGUGGGUGAACAAGAGGGAGUAUAUAGGCACAUGGUUUUUGGAAUCCUGGUGUUGCAUUCAGAUUUGACCCAAGUUCUCCUCUUGAGUCCCAAGUUAGGACACGGAUGGAGAGCAUGGCUGCAACCUACUCGCACAUCUUCAAGAAUCUGAUGGCUCUGCUUAUAGGAACUUCCACCCCUUGGCAAAGGACAGUGACCUGCCUGCAAGCCCCAGGUGACACACGUGCACAUGCAGACACGCGUGCACACGGUCACUGUGCGGGGGCUUAAGUAUUCCACAAAUCCAUUAAUGUCUUAAUUAAAAAGGUGAGGUUUGGGGAAGGGGGCGGGGGGAAUGUGUCGUCUUGACGGAUGAGCUGGAAACCAGACUGGGCCAGUGGGAUUUAGUGGGGGGGGAUCUGUGUAAUGCAGUAGGAACUUGCCAAUGUGGCCUGAUUAUUUUUUCCAUUAUUCAUUACAAGAGUUGAAUUAUUUAACUUCAUUUCUAUUCAGGCUCAUUGACCCAGGGCAAGUUGAAGUUGUAAAGAGGGGAUGAUUUGACAAAAGAAUGUUGAAAAUCUUCUACUGGGGCUAGUGGUGCCUUUUUACCUGUAGGAAGGGAGAAGCUGAAAAGCACUUACUGAAGGAAGACACAGUCAAAUUGGGAAAUAAAUGUGUACCUGCCAUGCCUAUCAUUUCAGGCAGGUAAGCCUGUCUCUCUGACUAAUUUUCACUGAACAGGGCCAUUCUUGUCUUCUGGAAAGCGAGAUACUUACAAUGUAAAUAGUUGUAUGGAUUUUUUUUUUUCCCCUCUCUGUAACUAAUAUGUAAUAAUCCAGCACACUCUUUCUGUUUGAUCUACAACAAGGCCACUGUAUGCCUGAAUCUGGUGGACCUUGGACCUUGUUCCUACUCAGUCCUGAACUGAAAAGGGCAGGGUCCUGGAGGUUUCAGUGUAUAUAUAGAAUCUUGUAUAUUUAGUAAAUGGAGUAAGUGGGACUUAUGGCCAGUAUACGUUAAAGCCACAACAGUAACAAAGCUCCACAGCUCAACUAGCAGAAACAACUGUUCACCUUGCCAUGUCCAUCCUGUAAUAAGACCUAAGUUGCACCUGCCUGUAGUUCUGCAUGAUCAGACUUCCAAGUAUAACUGACAAGGUCUGUAAUGUAUCAGUGUUCAUAAAUGUAGAUUUAAAAGGAAAAAAAAGAAAAAAAAAAACUCCAGACCAACAUCCGAAAACCAACAAUGGCAACAGUUCAAUGUUAAAACUGGAAUGUGAGACUCGUCCA